UUUUUAAUUUAAACCACAAUGGAAGCAGAGAUGGAUAAAUUAAGAGCAGUAUUGCUUCAACAGGAAGGAGAGUUGAACCUAUUAAGGCAACAAAAUCAACAACAACAACAACAACAACUGCAACAACAACAGCAGCAACAACAACAACCACAAUAUCAAGAGCAACAACAUCAACAACAACAACAACCAAUCCAGUGGCUGUCAAACAAAGAUAUCAUCCAGCAGUUUCGCCAGCUAAGGCAGCUCGACGACCAACAUGAUGUGUUAGCUUUUAUAAAAUCUGUGGAGUUCCUCAUGACAUUAUGCCAGGGAAACGCAUUGCUGAUCCAGUUUGGCACUAGCAUCGUCGCUAAUGAAAAGGUGUCGGGAACAGCAGCAAAUUUCAUCAGACAAUUGGGGAUGGAGCCUAGCUGGGACCAAAUGAAGACCAAACUGAUGGAGCAAAUGCGACCCAGGAUGACCUACGAGGACGUAUUCGAUAGAUGCAGAUUCAUCAAAAUAACGCUGACACUCCUCAUCAUGUGCCUGCUGCCAACAUUGUCGACGGCAAUGAUCAACAUAACCCCGAUCCAGGCUGAAACCGGAUUCAUAUCGCUGGGGGAAAGUACGGUGGAGCUGGUUAGCGAAUUCAAAAUGGUCCUACAUAUAAUAAGUCCAAAAGAAAUAUUAGAAUUAACCAACAUAAUCCAGAAUAAUACGAAAAUUCUGGUUAAGAAAGAUAGGCAAUUUUUUCAACAAAUGUAUGAUAUAAAGAUUUAUUGGAAAUUGUAA